UUGGUUGAAGUCACCGUGUGCUCCUUACCGGUCCCUUAGUGCUCCCGAGCCGAAGCUUGGGCAUUUUGAGUUUGUCAGAUCACAUGAUGCACAUUCCGAUGAUGUCAUUGCGAUCCGACGUACGGACUUGGUCAGCAACUAAGCCGCACCUGAAUGUAUGCGCCGUUAUGGACGAAGGCCCACCAUUGGUAUAGCCUAUAGGAGCAACAUCCUUACUUGGCACAAUCAUGAUGAGGAGGAAAACAGCAACACAUGUAUCGGUAGCGCUUGCUAGUGAACCGCCUGUUCUUAGGCAAAGAUAGUCACAUUGUAGAUCGGAGACACGGAGAAUCUUGGUGCGUCUGCAACGUUAUCGUUCUGUGAGAUAGAUUUGACGGCGACCAGGAUCUCAUGCAAGAUAGUCUCGUUGCGAGGGCUCGACUGCAACCCUGCUGGUCGGGCUCGGUACCUACAGAGCUCAUCAAGAUGAUCAUUGAUGAAAUUGCAGAAGAAAAAUCUACCCUGCGCUCCUGUGCUCUCGUCUGCCGAGCAUGGACACCAAUUGCACAUAUGCAUAUCUUCCAUUCUCUCCACAUAACAGUUCACAUAGACUGCUGGAAGUCUCCCCUUCUCUUCUUCGCUCCCUCUAUUCACGUAUCAAAGAACGUUGGUGCACUGAACCGGCUACUCAGAUCUUCCCCCCACAUCUCUUCCUAUGUCAAAAGACUAACUAUCACGACCUCCUACGAUCACUGGUUCUACUGCUCCAUUCCGGCGACCCUAGCUGACAUCGUCAACACCAAGCUAGGACACUUUUGGAACUAUUUCCUCCCAUGUUUCCUGCGGAGCUUGGACAGGGUAGAGGAGCUCAUCCUUCCCCAAAACCUGCGCCACCCGCUGUCAGAGAACGUGCCAAAGAGAGUGAUCGAUGGACUAGGUUGUGUACUGCGUUCAACGUCGCUGACAUCGUUCGCAAUGCUAUCCGGGUCUUCGAACGAUCUAUACGCCAUGUUGGGUCAAUGCCGGGCCCUGCGCGACCUCCAUGUGGGGGAUAUAACAUUCCAUGAUGAAACGCCUAACCCUUCCUCGUUCCCGCCACUUCCGUUGAAACUGCAAUUCCUCGCCAUAACUUCCCGUAUGGACGCAUAUAUGCGCUUCGUUAAUAAGUCACCACGCGGAAUCGUUGAUUUCAGCCACUUGAAGCGAUUAGAGAUCAUCAUCCGUGGAUCUUUCUUUGCGAUGGAAGCAGAUCUGGUCCCGACCACAGAAGAUCUGAUUCGUCGGAAUAAAGAGACCUUGCGAGAUCUCGUGUUGAAUGUAUGUCCCGAAGAAUACCUAUUCAAUCUUGUCGAUCCUGCGCGCAUUCGGAACUUACAUAUAACCAUGGCUUCCUCGCCUCGUCCCGCUUCGCAAAAUCUAGAGGCGUGGGUACGAUGGCUAACUCGGUCCUUCUCUGGCAUGAAGUCGAUUAGCCUUGAACGAUGUCUAUUCCAACUGAAUGAGUCCAAUACUUCCGCUGAUGUCAUGGCGCUGUAUGACGAGUGGAGGAAGUUGGAUACCAUCAUGUCUUCGCGGCCUGGACUUCCUGGACUCAAUGUGCGCUUGUGGCGGAGCGGGUCUCUGACUUCAAAGGAUGUUGAAGAUAUAUUUCCUUCUUUGAGCGCAACAGGGCGCCUGCAUGUUCGGGUAGCAGACGUAGGUUUCUGAGGAAAUGUAUUGGAAAACCUUCGUGGCAGCGGCGCUUCGUAGUGUAUGAGCUUUGAAUGCGUAAAAAGUAUAAAAUUGUUGUACUGCGGCGCUCUGUGGAAUCUUAUCUGUGCGAAAGAAUACUGGCCCACAAGAGAAUGCGAAAGACGAGUGGCGAAACAAGUCAGCUAUCGGUUAGAACAUUACCGCUUUAUCGGGGUCCAGAACCAAAAGGACUGAUGCACAAAUGAGUGAACUGGUCUGGCAGAAGCGAUGAUCGACCUGAUCAAGGUCAGGGUUGCAACGCGUUGGGGUUUGAUAAAUACAUCCCUCCGCAGCGCUCAGGGAGGGUCGUCAUAAACGAAAGAUUAUGAAUUCGCAUGGUGUUACCUAACAGGCAAGAACUUAAGCUGUUUUUAACAAUUUCACAUUUCUACACGGAAUUUGUGGAUGAUAAGUAAAUGACCUUGAAGGGUUAAAGGUUUAUCAAGGUGGAACUUUGGAAUCGUC